AUGGCCGACACUGACCCGGCGCCUAGGGCAGCCGGAUUCGAGGACCUGGUCAAGUUGAUGGAGAGACAGACCGAGCUGACGGGUCGGCUCUUGGUCGAGACGGAAAAUGUUCGCAAAGGAUUGGCGGGAGCUUCUACGUUAUCGGGCAAUGCUGUAUCAUUUGAGAUCCUUGAUAUCUUGCGCAAGAUAUACGAAAAACAAGUCUCUGUGGCUUCAAGUUCGGAUAUGACAAAGCAGGCGAUCCCCGCCGUCCCUGCAACAAAUCGCUGGAGGGGGACACUCGACACCACCCUUGUUUUCAUUGCUCUUUUCUCGGCCAUCAUCAUCAACCUUUUCGUGCAGUCCCUUCCGGAGCUGUCACAAAAUCCCGUGGAUAGGACAAACGAGCUGCUCCAGAAUCUCACCAACAUUGUGGUCGCCACCAGUGACGUCAAUUCCGACCUGAACAUAUCGCCACCCGUCCCUUUCAAGCCUGACGCAACGGCAGUCCGCCUCAACUUCUACUGGUCCAUAUCGUCAAUUCUUAGUGCUCACAAAAAGCUGGGCGACCUUCACCGGCGUUGGUUAGAAGCCAACAGGUUGCUCGCUCCUACGGUCGAGUUCCUUCCCCAACUCCUGGUUCUUCCCGUCGUCUUGUUCGUUGUUGGGCUGUUGGACAACGUCAUCUCGAGUGCAGUGCCACUCUCGUCACCGUUCAUCCAGGUCCUCGUCGCUGGCAUUUUGUCGUCUGUUUUUGACACCGCUGUUGCGAUGUACACAGUGUGGACAGUGCUCCAUGGAUGGUUGUACCCUGAUCGUUCUCCGUUCCAGUCAAGCCUGAUGCAUUUCUGGAUCAUAUAUGGCCCUUCGAUAACCAGCGCAACUGAUCAGCUUUUCAUGAACAUUCCUAGCUCUUGUCGUUCAUGGUUGUCCUGGCUUACGAGGGGUUCGGAUUGGUCUCAGAACGCUAUCUUGGCUGCUGCUCAUUCAUCCUCCUCCUCCGAUACAGCAGUCGUCAAUGUUCUUCCUCAGACAGACCACGCUCCGAAAAGCGCAACUCUUUAA